AUGACUAAUAGAUUACCGGAUCAGCAAAGAAAAACAAAGAGACGCCUUACGAAAAUAGAAAACUAUGAACACAUAUUUGAACAUUCAGCAUAUAGUCCGAUACAGUUUCUCUUUUUCCUAAAACGAAACCGUGUCUCCAAUUUGAUGAACACUCUUGAACUUACAAAACAUGCCCUGCUCUCCCAGACUGAAGAAACCAAAAUGGAUGAUGUGAAUGAAUUAGGUGAAAUUCAAAUCAUAGAAACUGGAAAAAGACAAGUAAGCAAUGAAUGUCUUCUGAAACAGAUGUCGAAACCCCUGGCACACAGAUCACUCAAAAUAAUUGGUAUAGGUCAUGUAAGUCAUAUUUCCUUUGUGUCAUACGGUCGUGUCUGGAUCAAUGAUUGCUGGGAGGACACCCUCUUAUUGACAAACACAGCAGGUGAUAGACUGUAUCACAUAACAGAUCAAAAUAUUUUUUCUGGAGUACACACGGUAAACACUUCCAGUGAUCUUAUAUAUAUAGAUAAGUAUGAUAAUAUAAAUAAACUAUCUAAGGACUACAGAAAGAAGUCAAUACUGAUAAAGAAAACAACACCAUGGGAACCACGUUGUAUCUACUGCUCUCCCUCUAACGGAGAUCUGCUGGUCGGGAUGUAUAAAUAUACAGACACAGAUGAAGGCAAAGUAGUACGGUAUAACUCAACGGGAAAACACAUACAAAAAAUAAAAUACAAAAUCUCAGAUCAGAUACCGAACUUGAUCACGAAGGUGCACAACCGAACACAUUUGAAUCUCUAUAGUAAACCGAUCUACAUCACAGAAAAUCGCAAUGGAGAUGUCAUUGUUUCUGACAUACUUCGCAGUGCUUUAGUGGUGACAGAGCAUGGAGGACGUUAUCGCUUCUCCUACAAAGGACCUCCAUCAAAAUCACGACUAGAGCCACUAGGAAUCUGUACAGACGCAUUGUUAAACAUCCUGGUGUGUGAUGCUAACAACCACACAGUACAGAUGAUUGACAAAGAUGGUAAUUUCUUGUCACUGUUACUGACACAAGACCAAGGGAUAUACUAUCCGGGGAGCCUAAGUUAUGAUUACAAAGCUCAUCUUCUCUGGGUCGGAACUAGAGUCAACAACAGAGUGCGUAUAUACAGAUACAUUGAGAGGCAGAGCUAG